AUGGGAAGUAUUGGCCCAAGCUGGCAAGACGUCGCGGCCAAGCGUCGCAACGACAUCAAUCGAAAAAUCCCCCAGUCAUGGCUUUUGUCGACAGAGACGGUGAAGAAUCACAGACCAGUCGACCUGCCCCGUCAAUCAGGUCUUCUCUCACCCGAUGAAUUGUACCUCACAGAACUGUCGGCGGUUACCCUGCUCGCUGCCAUUUGCGAUCGGAAGUACUCUUCAGUUCAAGUCACUCGAGCAUUCUGCAAGAGAGCUGCCAUUGCACAUCAAGUGACAAAUUGCCUUGCCGAGGUGCUCUUCGACGAGGCUCUCGCUCAAGCCGAGGAGCUUGAUAACUACAUGGAUACUCACGGCAAGCCUAUGGGAAUGUUGCACGGAUUGCCUGUCUCGGUCAAAGAGCACAUUUUUGUUAAAGGGACGACCGCUACAGCCGGUCUGAUUGCUUGGGCAGAUCAACUCAGCCCCGAUGAUGCACUCAUAGUUCGAACAUUUCGAGAUCAAGGGGCAGUCUUUCAUGUCAAAACCACAAACCCCCAGACUUUGAUGGCAUGUGAGACCGACUCAAACCUUUUUGGCCGCACCUUGAAUCCCCACAAUCCCAAAUUGUCCAGCGGUGGCAGCACCGGCGGCGAGGGUGCUCUUAUUGCCAUGCAUGGAAGUCCCCUGGGGAUCGGAACUGACAUCGGUGGCUCAAUCCGAACACCCAGCGCUUUCUGUGGCAUCUAUGGCUUGAAACCGAGUGUCGCAAGGCUGCCUCAUAGUGGUUUGGCCGGCCUCCAUGACGGUAUGAUGAAUGUGGUUGGCGCAGUCGGUCCCAUGGCCACAGCCUUGGAUGAUUUGGACCUAUUCUGUGCUGCCGCUCUAGCGCAGCGGCCUUGGGACCAUGAACCGUCGUUGAUCGAGUUGCCUUGGAAGAAGGACGUGCAACGGCCGGCCAAGCUCAAAAUUGGUGUUGUAUGGAACGACGGUGUUGUGCAUCCACAUCCACCGAUCACCCGUGCCCUUCAAGAGACGGUAUCUUCUCUGCGUUCUGCAGGACAUACCGUGGUUGACUGGGACAGCAACCUCCAUGAAGGUCUUAUAAACGCAGUAAAUCAGGCAUAUUUCCUGGACGGAGGAGAAGAGUAUCACGAGAUUCUUGAAGCUGGCAACGAGCCGGAGGUUCCCCUACUAAACUGGAUCCUCGAAACCCAUGCCACUCGCAAGUACACCAUCCAAGAGUCGUGGAAGCUCAAUUCUCAAAGCGAUCUCCUCCGGACCCUGUACGCGAGACAACUGAAUGCUACAGGGGUGGAUGCACUAAUCUGUCCCACUGCACCUUCAGUAGCGUCUGUUCACAACGAGACUCGGUACUGGGGAUAUACUUCUGUGUUCAACGCUCUCGACCUCCCCGCCAUCAUCAUCCCUGUCAGCACAGUGAAAUCGACCGACACUUGGGAUAAUCACCCAAACACAUUGCCAAUAGGCAUUAGCACGACUAACGACACAUAUAGAGCACUAUAUCCAGAGACUGAAGGUCCCGCGCGUUACAGCAAUGCCCCUGUUGGGAUUCAAAUUGUUGGUAGGAGACUUCAGGAGGAGAAGCUGUUGAUGAUGGCGAGAACCAUUGAACAAGCCAUAAGACCACCUCAUCAGCGAACUGCUGUCGCGAAGAAUGGCUUAACCUAG